AUGCAGGCCUUCCUGGUGAGACUGGUGGGCCUCCUGGGCACUUCAGGGUUACUGGUAAUGCACCAAGGAGGCUCUUCGGAAAGGGUGGCCCAGGCUUUCCUCAGGCCCUCACAGAUAAAGGACCGACACGUGGGCCUGCAAGUGAAGGACUCAAACUUCACGCUUGGGCACUUUCCUUUCCUCAUCCUGUCGGGUACCAUCCACUACUUCCGGGUGCCCAGGGACUACUGGAGGGACAGCCUCCUGAAGCUAAAGGCCUGCGGCUUCAACACCGUCACCACGCAUGUUCCUUGGAACCUUCAUGAGCCAAGAAGGGGCCAUUUUCGCUAUACUGGAAAUCUGGAUUUGAUUGCUUUUAUAUCCCUGGCUUCAGAGGUGGACCUGUGGGUCAUCCUGUGUCUAGGCCCCUACAUCGGGAGUGACUUGGACCUUGGAGGCUUGCCCAGUUGGUUACUCCAGGAUUCUAAAAUGAGGCUAAGAACCACUUACAAGGGCUUCACUAAAGCGGUGAAUCACUAUUUCGAUGAUCUGAUUCCCAGGAUACUGUCAUUCCAGUUCCAGGAGGAUGGCCCCAUUAUUGCCGUGCAGAUGGAGAAUGAAUACGGUUCCUAUAAGACGGAUAAAAGAUACAUGCCAUAUAUUAAAAAGGCCCUGGUGACAAGGGGGAUCAGGACGAUGCUCAUGACCGCUGACACUGGAGGGGAGCUGAUGAGAGGAUACGUGAAAAAUGUGUUUGCCACCGUCCACCUGAAGAAUAUAAAGAAAGCAACGUAUGAAAAUCUCUACUCGAUUCAGGGUGCCAGCCCCGUCAUGAUGACGGUGUACACAGCGAAGUCUUUCGAUGUAUGGGGCAGUCCCCGCAACACCCUGGAUUUGCAUCUGUUAAUGAAAGACGUGCGGGAAAUGUUCCAGCUCAGGUUUUCCCUCAACUUCUACAUGUUCCAUGGUGGCACCAACUUCGGCUUCAUGGGUGGAUCCGCAUCUUCCAACGUCUACCUCCCUAUGGUCACCAGCUACGACUAUGGGGCACUGCUGACAGAGGAUGGAGCAUAUACGCCCGAGUAUCUUACAUUUCAAGAGUUUUUUCAAUCUGUUACAGACGUUCCCAGUUUCUGGAAACCAGAGAAUAGACCUAAGGUUGUAUACCAGUCAGUGGCAGCAACUUACUUCAUAUCCCUGUGGGACAUCCUGCCUUACAUGGACAAGCCCAUCAGGUCUACCAGACCGAUCUCCAUGGAGCAGCUGUCUGUGAACGAAGGGAGUGGUCAGUCUUUCGGGUACAUCCUUUAUGAGACUGUCAUCACCAGUGGAGGCCUCCUCACCUCAGAUGGUCACGUUAAAGAUCGGGGUCAGGUGUUUUUGGAUGACAAGUAUAUAGGAGUCCUGGAUCACGCCCAUCAACAGCUGACCGGCUACAAGGACUACCUGACGCUGAGGAUCCUGGUGGAGAACCAAGGCCGACGUGCCUAUGGGCCCGACAUCAAUCAGGAGAGAAAAGGUUUGAUCGGGGACGUCUAUCUGGGCAGUUCUCCACUGAGAAAAUUUAAGAUCUACAGCCUGGAGAUGCAGGGUAAAUUUGUACAAAGGGGCCUUCCCAACAUCUGGAGACAGACCUUAUUCCAGCCUCACGGCCCUGCCUUCUUCCUCGCUCUCCUAAGACUCGGCAGUCACCCCGAAGACACCUUCAUAAACAUGAAGGGCUGGACGAAAGGAGUAGUGUUCAUCAAUGGACAAAACCUGGGACGCUAUUGGAAUAUAGGUCCCCAGGAAACCCUUUACCUUCCAGGACCCUGGCUUCAGCCUGGAUUAAAUGAGAUUGUUGUCUUUGAGGAAUUCAAGUCUAACCUAAUGAUCCAGUUCACAGACAGUUCUCAACUAGGAUACUGAAGCUUGAAGCGGGGAUGUGGUUGAGCUGAGUCAUUUCAACAGUGGGACAGUGAGUACCUACUGUGCGGACACCCAGGUUGCUGGAACCACCCUGGAGUCUCUGUCCCCUGAGCCCUGCGUGGGGUCACCCCUUCAUUUCCCAACCUGCUAGCACAUUCCUCCUUUGGCAUACGUUUGUUAACCUGUCUCUGAUGCUUACAACAAAAUAAACCUAU